UUUUAAUAGAAGUAAUUUACAAAUCUGUUUAACUUUCUAGCUUUUAAAAAAAAAAAAAAAAAGAAAAAAACAUUUCCACGGGAGUAUCCCUAUGGGCCUCCACGCACACACAUCCCGAAGUUUAGCGUUCGUAGAAAUCUGCGGAGGGUUUAAUGCUGCUACCCCAACCCCUCCCAGCGCAUCCAUUUUAUCCGGAUGGAGGUAUUCCAGCACUGUCGUAAGGAAAGACGUCAUUCAGAUAUGUAAUAUAAAAUAAAUAUAUGUAUUUCCAAGACCUGUGCAGUUUUUUGUGCUUUCUAGGUCACGUUUGUAGGGUGUAGAGCAGCGUUUCCCAACCAGUGUGUUGCAGAACUACAACUCCCAGCAUGCCCAGAUAGAAGCAGCCACCAAUCGCAACGUCGCCUCUGGGGGCCGGAGUCCUAGCCGCAUCCUAUUGGUGGAGCCGAAAACUACUUUACAAGUGAUGGGCGCAACUUUCGAGAAAAACACAGAAGCGGAAACUCAGCUGAGUAAACAUGAGGGGUAAAAGAGGACAACAGCACACUGACACCAGGGCAGGGCCGUUGAUGCCCCCUAUGCCAUGUGGCUACGUGAAGGAAAACUGGCUGUGGGAAAGAAAUGAGCAGUGCCCGUCAAUACAGCUGUCUCCUGGUCGACAAGAAGUUUACUUUCACACAGAUCCGGUCUUGGAGAGCUGCGGUACUGCGGCAGUGCGGGGGGACACAGGCUUUCUCCAAGGAGAACAUUACUGGGAGAUAGAAUUUCUGGAACCCCCAUCUGGACUUUCUGUAAUGGUUGGCGUUGGCACCAGUAGAGCCCCACUGUAUGCCGGAAGCUUCCAGUAUCUCAACUUACUAGGCCUGGAUGCCGACAGCUGGGGUCUGUCCUAUAAAGGCAAAAUCUGGCACAACGGAAUCGGCAAGCGGUACGCCGAGCCGUUCUAUGAGGAGCGGACGGUGAUUGGCGUUCAUCUGAACAUGGAGGAAGGGACACUGACGUUUUACAAAGACAGACAGAGUCUGGGAUUCGCCUUCACGGGACUACACAAGGUCCAGACGCCAUUAUUUCCCAUGGUUUCUUCCACCAGCCCUGGCACAGAGUUGGCGCUGGGAUUACGUUGUUGCACUUUACCAACCCUGGAGGAGCGAUGUCUCAGUACGCUGGCUUGUAACCUGACCCGAAAAGACUCUGCCGACCUGUUGCCCCUACCAGAAGUUGUAAGGUGGAAGUUAAAAAGCCGCAAGAACUGGGACGUCCUGGGACACGAGCAGUAAUGGAAGGAGCUGCUGGUAGGGACAUUGGGGGGUAUUUAUCAAAACUGGUUGUUCUAUGUGGUUUUUUAUCCUAUAUUUUUUUUUUUUGCGUUGUUUUCGACGGACUUGCGCCAAAUUUAUCAUUUGUCGCACGCUAUAUUGUCACUUUGGCGUUUACUAGCCAAAACUGAUGGCAUGGCACUUUUUUUUAUGUCAGUUUAAAAAUGACUUAUUUGCGACAAAAUUGCGGUAUUAGUAACCUUUUUUGCGACAAAGUAUAAAAGGCGCAAUUAGUAAAUUCCCAACCACUGCAAAAAAAUAAAAUAAAUGCUGUCAACAGUUGAAAUCCAGUCGGAACAUGAAAACGACAUAAUGACAAAGGCGCAAUGCAAAGUCGCAAAUCGCAAUGUCUCAGAGGAAAUGCGACAAAAGUACACAAGAAAAGACGUGUAUAUCCAAUAAUAAAUACCCCCCCCCCUUUAUACCUGUAGCUCCGAAUGCCCACAGGACAGCGGUGAGAAUAUUCUGGUUUGAUCCAUCCUGGAAUUACUUGUUGGAACAUUCCGAGGAACCAGGAGAUACAAGAGUGAAGCGUAUGGGAUGCAUAGAUGGAACCGAGUCUCAAAAUUGCCAAAGCUCUGGGCAUAUGUUAUUAAAGGGGUACUCCGGUGGAAAACUUAUUAUUUUUUUUUUUUUAAAUGAACUGGUGCCAGAAAGUUAAACAGAUUUGUAAAUAUUUAUCCUUCCAGUACCUAUUAGCAGCUGUAUGCUACAGAGGAAACUCUUUGCUUUUUGUAUACAUUUUUUUUUUUUUGUCUUGUCCACUGUGCUCUCUGCUGACACCUCUGUCCGUGUCAGGAACUGUCAAGAGCAGCAUAGGUUUGCAAUGGGGAUUUUCUCCUGCUCUGGACAGUUCCUGAUAGGGGCAUCAGGUGUCAGCAGAGAGCACUAUGGACAAGACACAAAAGAAAUUCAAAAAGAAAAGAAUUUCCUCUGGAGC